UAGUUCACUAAAGACACAGAAAUUUCAGCUUGUGUGUUUCGGAUGUCCCAAUUUUAAGAUUUGACAGUUGUUUAAAUAGUGAGUAAAAGGAUUUAGCGCGUGUCUCGAGCUUGGAACACUAUCGUCGUGGAUCAGAAAUUUUAUGGUGAACACGGACUCUUGUAGAAGGACAAAGAGCGUUCAGCUAUCCUAGUCCGAGUGCAGUGCUUUCGAAUUCUGUGUGCAUUUUGACAACGCUACCGCUCGGACUCAAGGUAGUACCUUUACUGGACCCAACGCAUCACAGUUCACAAUGGAGACAGCGAGAGAGAUGAUCUACAGUGGAUACAACUUCAUUAACAGUGAAAUUUCUGAUCCACGCACGAUGACGUGGCCUCUGUUGGGCAGUCCCUGGCCAAUACUGAUAGUGGUGGGCCUCUAUCUCUACUUCGUCAACAGUCUGGGCCCGCGUCUUAUGGAGGAUGUCCAGCCCUUCCGCAUCGAGCGUAUCAUGAUAGUAUACAAUCUUUUCCAGAUAGCGGUAAAUCUUUACAUAUUUUACAUGUGCACGCAGCUUGGAUGGGUCAACAAGUACAGUUGGCUGUGUGAGCCAGUGGAUUAUUCAGACGAUCCUGAUUCACUUAAGGUGGCGUCCAUUACCUGGCUGUACUUUAUCGUCAAGGUGACCGACCUUCUUGACACAGUUUUCUUCGUACUUCGUAAGAAGAACAGUCAAAUAACGUUCCUUCAUGUGUAUCAUCAUGCGGCCAUGGUCAUUGGGACAUGGAUAGCUGCCAAGUAUUUGCCAGGAGGACAUGGCACUUUCGUGGGUUUCUUGAACACCUUCGUACAUGUCAUAAUGUACACUUACUACCUGAUGACUAUUGUCAACCCUGAGUACAAGAAGUCAAUUUGGUGGAAGAAACAUAUCACUCAGCUACAAAUGACGCAGUUCAUGAUGAUCACGGUGCAUGCGUCGCAGCUACUGUUCCGGGACUGCGGGUACCCGCAGUGGGUCGGCUACAUCGUCGUGCCACAGAACGCCUUUAUGUUCGUCCUCUUCUACGACUUCUACCGAAAAGCUUACUGCGGCGAAAAGAAGAAUGUGUGAUGUGGGGACUUUGUGAAGUUAUGGUGGAAUUUGUGCGAUGUUAGACCUCGGACACACUUUUGCAGCUGGCGAUUCAUUUCGCUUCCGGCACGAUGAUUGGGAGCGUUUCAAAGUAUCAUUUCACAGCGUAAUGAAAUUUUUGUUUCCAACGAUUCUUGUCCCUUUUCGUUAUUUUAUUGAGAGUUUAUUAGUAAGGUUUUAAAGUACUUGGUAGGGAAUCAGUAAAUGAAGUACAGGUAGAGAUUUAUUCUUCAUUCCACUAUGAAUCAAGAAACGAACGGAACAGACCAUCGCAGGGAUCGAACGAAAUACUGAAAAACAGACAAAAAACUUUAACCACAAAGAAAAACAGUGAUAUUUCAUGUGUAUGUAAACUACUGCGCAGAACUGCAAGAAUCAUAAAACAAGAAAAGUGUCACAGAAAAUUUUAAGUGUGAACAUUUUUGUUCAGGCCUAAAGUGACUGCUUAAGACAGGGAAUACAAGUAAUAUCCAUAACUAGCAACAAAUUCGUAAAUUACUUGUUUACUGACUAAAUUAAUGGCAAAACUUGUGGAGUAUUUCAAAUAACGUGAAACAAUUCCCAAAUAGCGAUAUGGAUUUGUGCGAAACAGGUGAUGUAACAGCUGAAUCCCUGCGGCAGGUUGCGGGUAUUCUUAAGAUGCUACGUAAUUGUAAAGAAAAGGUCAAAAAUUCGCUAUCAGAUCUUUAAAAGUCAUUUCCGUAGCAUUUUGUCUUGAUUAUGCGUAGGUGCAUUUCCAACGAUAUUUUAGCAAUCACUCGUUAAAUUACAUGGAACAAAUUAUUGACAACUCGUUCCGAGGCAUAUAUUCUAAGCAUCUGGUAUAGCAAUUUUUUUCCAUUUAGGAGAAAAAGUUUGAGAAUGGUAUUAUUUUAUGCCUUGAAACGAAUUUUUUCAAUAAAUAAUAGUGAUAACCUAUGGAUAUUGCUUGUACCUCACAAAAUUGAAGAAAAUUCGUCUUGUAUUACCGAAGAGGUCAUCAAAGGCA